AUGGGUGUAUUGAUGGGCUUGACCACUCUGAAGUACAUAUUGGAACCAUUCAGCCAGGUGUCAGCAAGUGUCUUCAUUGCUACAGUUGUCUUCUUCUAUUUCUCGCCAUUACUGUAUGACUCGAUAUUGUUGACUCGCCUCUUCGCUCUCUAUCCCCUUGGCAGUACGCCUCCCGCCACUCUAGUGAAAAUCUUUGCACUCCCAUUCUGCAUCAAACCAUUGCCGUUCUUGACUAUGUUCGGUCUGGGAAUAACGACUAACGCUCUCACUCAGAAUAAUGAGUCCAGUGCCAGGUUCUGUAACCCUUACAUGAUCGCCGAAUGGACAAUGCAAAUCGUCGACAACAUGUACCCCGUCAGCUUUUUCCUUUACAACUUCCACGUCCGCACAUCGUCGAUAAAUAGAGGUGAGCAUACCACCUUGCGUCUCUGUGGGGGUAGGAAUAACUCGUGGAUUUCCCGACAUGCAGCGGGCGGCAUCGCGGACCGUAUCCGUCGAAUCUUCUGUAUAUCUGUCGCCAAUUUUGUUUUCCCUCUCAUUCUCCACGUUGCACAAAUCAUCUUUAUCACGACUGACCGGAUCCCGACCACCGGCGAAGUGCUGCUCUUGAUCAACAGCUAUGUAAUUGUCAUGGGGGUAAUGUGCGCGACGCUAUGGUCCUCGGGAUCAGAGUGGGGUUCGGACUCGCAACGAACCAUUACCUGA